CGAGAGCUGCGGUCGAGUGUUGGGUGGCAGGCAGCCGUCGGAGCCGGCAGGCACAUGUUGCGGAACGUGCCGAGGGGCGCGGGGAGGGACCGCCAUCGCCAGGGACGGCGUCAGCACACCGGCGCGCCACGCACACAGCCGCGCCGCCCGAGGAGCGUCACUGCGCCUUAUCGCAGCCAUCUUUAAACGAGCCCAGCGCACGCCACCCGCCACUCGCGGAGUAUGCUCCAGCAGAUGUCCUCACAGCCGAGCGCACAAGUCGCCGAGGUCGCGUGUAUCGUUCGCCCCGUAGAAGGUCGCUCGUAUGGCGACGCCUCUUCGGAGGCCUCCUCCGACGCCGCAGAAGAAACAGAAUUACCGCAGUGCAAAAUAAGACGGAACUAUAACUGCGCAAAGUGCAAGUUUUAUACACAAAACCCGCGUGUUUAUCUUUUACAUGUUCGUGAAGUUCAUUUUGAACGUUUUAAGAUAUAUGUUUGUCCAUACUGUGUCUACGCCUCAAGACAUCAUCAAAAACUGUUAAGACAUUUGAAGAUGGUGCACGACAAACGCGGUGUCGCUCUUAAGUUAGAGCCUGAAUAUCCCCCUUCUAUGCCUCACAAUGAAGAGAGCAUUGAAGAUCUAUUAGAAGAAGUUGAAGAAUGCGACGAUGGAGAAAUGGAAACAGAAGAUGUCAACUCUGUGUGCCGUUCAACCGAUGUCGAAAUGGAGAGUAGACAAACAGCAGACGCUGCCCAAAAGAACAAAGGAGAUUACUUCAACUGUGAUAAAUGCAACUACGUGACACAUAUAAAAGCAAGAUUCACGAAACAUGUGAAAUACCAUUCGAUACCAAGGAUCAAAUGUAGUAUUUGCGAAUUCCGAACACCAUACAAAUGGAAUUUGGAUCGACACAUGAAGAACCACGGCGGCACCGGCAGUUUCAACUGCUGCAUGUGCAACUUCACGGCGGACAUAAAGCAAAGUUUGACAGCGCAUGAAAUGAAUCACCACACCCGCCCGCUGGACCAGUCGGCGGGGAGACGCGGCCGCAACCGUGUGGGUGCCAGCGACGUGCCGGUCAGCGCGCCGGUGUCAGUCGUCUCCAAGGAGGAGGAAGGGAGCGGCGACUCGCGUUCUUCGCACUCGGAAAUGAUGGGGUUGCAGUACAUAGAAAGAGAUACGAUAAGUUGUAACAGCGACUCUAAUGACGCGUCGACUUCCGAGGUAGCUGCCAAGAAGGAUAACUCGCAGUUGGCACAAGAUUCGCAACAUUCGCCUAAUGCAUCAAUGGAUGAAGCCAAAAGUCAAAAACAGAGCAGAAAGAUACCCAGGCCGAUACCGCAACUUAUACCACUUAAUGCAUCUACCCCAAACCAGGCCAAAACAGCCGGAGAGCCACCAUCUAAACGAUUCAAAGAGAAUCCAUCUUAUGAGUCCAACGACUCUAACUCUGACAAUAAACUUGAUGCCCUGCCAGCUGAUAUAACCUUAAUACCAGUAUCUAAUACAACGUCGAAAGAAAAUCUGGUACGAAAGAAGAAUGAAUCUUUCUUUGAUAAAUUAAAAGAAAGGAUACUGACAGAAACCGGGGAAGAAGGUUCACUAAAUUGUAAAAAUUGUGGAUUCGUAAGUAAAUGCCUUUCUGAACAUUCAGUUCAUGAGAAGAAUUGUACUGCCCUAGCCAAUCGUACCGCCGUGAGUUCAUUAUUACCGAACUUAAGUUCAACACGUUGCCAAAAUUGUAGACAUAGAUGCAAAUCUAGCGCCGACCUGUAUAUCCAUAUGCAAACAUGUAGAAAGAAUGAAAAAAGAAGCGAACAGUCACUGGAACUUAAACAUAAUGAUAGUAACGAAGAUUGUUCUACUAAUCAAGAUAAAGAUGCAGUACCGCAUCCUAUGGAAAAUGUCGUCUUUGUUUGGAAUAAUAUAAACCCAGAAGCUAAUAAUUUUGAAACCCCACUGGGAAUAAACAUAAAUGAUGACUCCACGCUCCCAAUGCUACACAAAACGAUGGACAUGGAAAUCGUCGACGACAAUGAAAGUUUGAAUCUUUCACCAAGUCAGGCUGUUGGAAAACGAGUGUUUAAGUGUCCACAUUGUCAGUUUUGGGCUUCAACGGCAUCAAGAUUCCAUGUUCAUAUUGUGGGACACUUGAAUAAAAAACCAUUUGAAUGUUCGCUCUGCAGGUAUAAGUCCAAUUGGCGUUGGGAUAUUACAAAGCACAUCAAACUUAAAUCUGCUAGAGAUCCAGAACAUAAUGAGGCUAAAGUGUUAAUGACUGACGAAACGGGUAGGAGAAAUUAUACAAAAUACAGUAAAUUUCUAGCAAUGUCCGUUUUGAAUGAAUUCGGUGAAAAUGAAUUUCACUAUAUCGAUCAAAAUGCCUCAGCUGAUCCAACUCUGGAGGGUCAAGAUUCGCUAAAUGAAAUAAACGAUAUGAAUUCUUCGUAUGAAAUGCAACCACUUAACCUGCAAACUCAGCAUUACCAACAAAAAUAUGACUUGUUGGAUGGAAGGCUAAUUGACGUUAAGAAACCUAAAAAAACUUUGUGGAAGUGCAAGAAAUGCAAUUACAAAGAUCCAUCUAAAGAAGCAUUAUUAGAACAUGUCCGCGAGCAUGCCAAGGCAGAUAGCGGCAGUCAUUCAAACAAGAAACCGGACAAUCUACCGGAUCCUGCGGAUUUAGCAUAUCGUUGUGGUCAUUGCAAUCAGUUGUCUAAUUGGAAACAUGUUAUACAGAGACACUGCCGAUUGAAACACGAUGGCAUCAUUAAGGUCAUUACUACAAUCAAACCAAAGCCAGAAACAUCUACAUCAAGUGAAAUUACUGGUGAUACAUGUACAAAAUGCCCAUUUAGGUCCACUGACAGGAAAAUACUCAUGGCGCAUUUGCAGCAACAUCAACCUUCUCCUGACUCUAUAUUUAAAUGUUAUUUCUGCCCGUUCUUCGUCAAAGAUGAACCAGAAUUAAUCCAACAUCUUUUAUUGCAUGGAAUAACGGAACCAGAGGAAUACAUCGCAAAAGCAAUGGGAAGUCGAUCACCAUUACCGGAUCCUAUCAUGCAACCAGGCUCAUCGGGAACAUCAAGUUCGUCCACAAAGCGACACAAGUGCACGGAAUGCCCUUACGAAACAAACAGUAAAUCUCAGUAUAUGUAUCAUGAACAGUUUCAUCGUGCUCCUAAUGAAACUCGAGAAUACAAAUGCCCGGAAUGCAAUUACAGCGUCUCUAAAAGACACUUACUUAAUCAGCACUUGAGAGUGCAUGGAAUUAUUACGAAGAAAUCCGAGUCUGAAGCCGAAUUAGAAGCAAUGGUGUCAGAUACCAACAAAACAGAAAAGACAGAUGAUUUCUCUAUGCUGAAGGAGAUACCUUUUGUGUGGGUGUCGGCCAAAAAUGAAUUUCACAAAAUGUAUAAGUGUCGUUUUUGUUCGUACGUAAAUUCUCAAAAAUGCAAGAUACCAAAUCAUGAAAAGAUUCACUGUGUAGAAAAUAGUGAAACUACUAUAUAUAAGUGUUCGGAAUGUAAAUUCACAUGUGAUAACGCAGUGAGAAUAGCUGAACAUUCUAAAGCUCAUGGCGAAAUCUACGGUCGAAUCUAUUGCCCUGUCGAACCUGACGUGCCCGAUGAAGAACAAAUUGACAAAUUACGUAAAGUGAUCGAAGUUGAAAAAACAAAUGUGCAGGAAGAAUUACAAAAGGAAGAAACGUCAGCUUGUGAGAACAAAGUAGUAAAGAUCUUAUACUUCUGCCAGAAAUGUCCGUCGAGAUUCUUCACAGAAGAAGAGUUGACAACUCAUGAUACACGCCAUAAUGAGACAUUUUUUAAUAAGUGUAAAAGAUGCGAAUUUUCGUCACCUAAUGAAGACGAAUUAGAAACGCAUGUAACCGUACACUCAGAUGAAUAUCACACGAAAACUAAAAUGUUGAAGUUUAUGCAUAAUAUGCAUCCAGCUCAUAUGCAACCUCAACUGGAACUUGUACAUUGCCCAACAACGUCUAAUAUUACUUGGAUUGUGUCAAAAUCCAAUAAAAACUAUGAAAAUGACUCUAGUAUAAGAAAGUCGUCCGAUACAAAACACACAUCCAAGCAAUAUUUUUGUAAAGAAUGUCCGGCAAAAUUCUUUAAAAGCUCUGCCCUCACCUAUCAUUUAGGCUUACAUGGAAGCGACGGCGAACAUAGGUGUAAAAAAUGCAAUUACGCGGUUAAAAACAUAGGAAACUUAGCAAAACACGAAUUGCUACAUGAAACUGCAGAAAAUAAACAGUCUGGUGAAUAUGAUUCCGGUGAUGAUAUGGAUUAUAAAAAUAUACCACUGUCCGGAACGGAUUUGUUUCAAAGAAAAACUGAAGCUCAGAAGCGAGGUUUGACUGAUAAGGAUAAACUAGUGAAACCUAACGAUCAUUUCCCGCCAGUACUACAAGCGGAUCCUCAAUUUGGAUAUCUGAUGCAUGGUAACCCUGAAUUUAUUUAUCCCACUUACCUGAAGAAUGGAAGGCAAAAAGAAAAACGUUACAAAUGUCACAAAUGCCCCUCAGCGUUCGAAAAAAGGGAACAAUACAAAAUACAUUUGUCAUUACAUGGGUCAAAACAGAGGUAUAAAUGUGAAUUGUGUGACUACUCCGUAAAAUAUUAUGCAAACUAUGUCCAACAUAUGAGAAAACAUCAAAUGAACGACGAGGCACAAGCAGAAAGAAAGAAGGAGAGUAAUGGUUUUACAGAAACAGGGAUACAAGAAACAAAACAGAACGACAAUGGCGAUAAUAUAAAACUAGCAAUUAAAACAAUUCCGAGGAGUACAGCCAAAAGUGACUUCCAGCAGUUCUCGAUAAGCGAUCAACAAACUCUUCGCCUGCUUCAAAGAAGGCGUUCCAUAAAUAGCGCUGGUAAGGAUCCAAAUGUGAAUGAAACUAUGCCACCUUCGAACCGAAAAAUGCACAUAUGCCUAUUAUGUCCCUACACUAAUCAAAGACAGGAUGCAUUAACAAACCAUUAUAGAAGACACGACGAGUCGGACGUGCUCAAUACGGGAUACAAAUGUUCCUAUUGCGAUUUGGUAGUCGUUCAAUCCCAUUUCUUACGAGAACACUUGAAAACACAUUUUAGUUAUCAGAAAACAUUAACUCCAGAGUGUUUUGCUGCCAACAAAGAUGUUAGUUUUACUAUAACUCAAAUAGAUGAUGAAAAUGUAUCUAGGGAUCUCAAGUUAGAUAUACGUAAUAAGAUCUCCUUAUGUAAUAAAGAGGAGAAAAAAAUGUAUGUAAAAAUAAGUACUGGAGAAGUUAUGGUUGAGUAAACUAUGCAUUUUUUAUAUUGUAAUGUUUAUGUAAAGAAAACCUAUAUAAAGUUAUUCUAUACCGAAACAUAUUGUCCUGUUGUUAAUGCUUUGUAACAUCAAACAUUUGACAAUAUUCUUGUUAAGUUUAAGCCAAAAAUUAAAGCAAAGUUGAUUCACCAAAGUGAAGCUUGCCAUACUAGAUUAGAAAAUGGUCCAGAAAAUUUUGGGUGUCAUACUGUACUAUGUAGGUACCGUGGAUGGCGUGGAUUGGAUUACAAAAUGUACAAAAUACAACUAUUUCUUAUGAGAUGCAAAAGCUUAGGUAUAUUAAUUAUGUUCACAGUCAGAAUAGGUACUAAAUUUCAAACUAAAAUAUGUAUAAUUUUGAGUAAAGCAGAUGUUUUUAUUAAGAAGUUCGAACAUUUAUAAGCCUAGUCAAAAUUUAUAAUGAGGGUUGCAUAUAGCACAAUCAUUAGUGAUAUUAUAUAUUCCACUGUUUUUUAAUGUUACCAAUACCUACAUCUUUAUAGAGGGUAAUUUAAGUAAAAUGUCACAUUUUAUCUUGGAGAUAUAGGUACAUAACUAGGUUAUAAUAUAAAAGUUCUUAAAUAUAUAGUAUUUUAGAUCUAUUAAUUUUAAAAACAUUUAUUAUGUAAGCACUUUAAGAAUAUUGAAACUGUUAUUAUAAGACUCCUAAAAAUAUUAAAAUGUAGGGGGUAGGCUGAGGUGGUGUAGGCCGUUUUUAUUAAUUAUAUUAAGUUAAUUAUAAGGCCACACCUGACUGUUGCUGAUGAUGCAAAAUAUAAAUAAUUAAAAAUAGA